CAGAAACCCAAUCUACAGGCGUGACUCAUGAAUUUCUGAUAUAUAAACUCUUCUGAGAUAUAUAAUAACAAUAAUAUAUAUAUAUUAGAAUUGUUUUUACAAAUGGCAACUGUACAUAAAUCUAUAUGGAGGUUGAAACGCUUUGGACGUUUUUUGCCUGGGACCAAAGAAGACGGCGGUAAUCCAUGGAAGAUGUUUGAGCCCAGUGAAAGCGCGGGUGAAUUGGUGCUCACCAUUGUGGAAUCUGGUCAUAUGUUGGUGUCCCAAGGCCACGAUCUUCUGGAUGGGUUUUCCUUACUUGAUGCUCCAAGCUACCUCAAAGUUCAGCAGAAAUCAGAUACCCUGCUGUUCCGUCUGACUGUUAAGGGGGAGAGCCGUCUGAUCAGGAUGCAGUUCAGUGGCAGCAGGGCUGAGGCCCUAGAGGAGUGUAGCAGUGCAGUACUCAGACUGAAGGAGUACCUGCCUGUCACCACACAGGGGGAGGCACCACCACCACCACUCAGCUGCCCCCCAACACCCAAUCAGCCCCCUACCAAGACCACUGCACAGAAUCAACAGGCGGGUGCUGGGGAGGCUAUGGCUACUGAACCGGAGGUCGUCCAGGGCUCUUUAUCCAUCAAACGUCUUACCCAGCACUUCCUGGGCGAGCAUGGUCUGUCCUUGCCCCUGGUGUACCGCCACAGUGCUCUGUCCCGUGGGGAGCUGGAGCCCUUUGUCCGCCUGUGUCUCUUGGACCCCAGCUUCCCUGCCUUGGUGGAGGAGGUGGAGGGGGAGCUGAGGAGGGUGCUCCAGGACUGAGGAGCUGAAGCUCAUCAACACAAACAGCAGAGAGAGACAGGUCAACUCACUACACACGGUACACAUGUGGGAGGUGGGUUGUGGAAGAGUUGGGGGAUGUGUUGUUCUUCAUGCUGCUGAUUUUGUAAAUGUGUGCUGGAACAUAGUGACCAUUGUGUUGUAUGAGGAUAUUUAAACUGGCACAAAUGUUGCGGUUUCUAGAAAUGAUUUUCGAGGCAAAGAAACUAAAUGUAUUUUGGAGCCUUUUAUUUUCAAAAAUGUAUUGGUCUCGUAUGUUAUUGGUCUGAUGUUUUAUUGUGGCUAGAGAUACCGAAGCUCCUUCCAUUUCCAGCCUAAUGUCGGUCCAUUUGCACUGCAAUACACAUGGAUACACUGUAUUUAUAGGACAGGAGUCAUGCAGCUACAGCAGUGCAUUUUGCUAUUCCAGCUUCCAAGUGAUCCCACAAUAUUAAAGCUUCACUGAGAAAAACAAACUACCCCCAAUAUAUCUAUAUAUGAAUACAUAUUGCAUAGGAUAAUAGCCAUGCUGUACAAUUUCAGAAAAAUAAAAAUGAAUGAAUUA